UCUGUAUAUAUCUUCAGCUACAGCUCUUAUGAGGUUGACAAGGAUUACUGACUACACUACCUUGCCAUAAUAAGAGUCAUAGUUUACCUGCCAUCGCGAUAGACCUCUCACCAUGAACAAGCACGUCGUCAACGAUCCUCGAACCUUGGCACUCGAUUCCCUGCGAGGUCUCGUGACGAGCCAUCCCGACCUCGAACUGGACGAGAAUUACAGGGUCGUCAAGCGAGGAUCUGGAACCAGCCGACCGAUAUCUGAAAAGGUCCAGCUAGUCUCGGGAGGAGGAUCGGGCCAUGAGCCUUCUUUCGCUGGGAUGGUUGGCACUGGAUUGUUGGACGCCUCUGUCUGCGGAAAUGUGUUUGCGAGCCCCAACGUGGGUCAGAUCCGACGAGGCGUCGAACUCGUCUCUACGGGUGCGACUUCGGAAUCGACCAACAAGGGAGUGCUGAUGAUCAUCAUGCGAUACACCGGAGAUGUGCUUCAAUUUGCCCUUACUCUCGAACAUUCCCGCUCAACGAAUCCGUCCCUUCCCAUCUCGCUCAUCGUAGUAGGUGACGACGUCUCGGUGACCCGUACGCAGGGCACCAUCGUCGGCCGGCGCGGGCUGGCGGGGACCGUGCUCGUACAUAAGUUGGCUGGGGCUAUGGCAGAGCGAGGAGAUGACCUCGAGGCCAUCACGACUCGCCUGAACGGUAUCCUCGGAAACAUCGGGACUUGUGGGGUUGGUCUGGGUCAUUGUAGCGUCCCCGGCUCUGGCGGGGGCGACGGCGACGACGACGAAGAAGAACAGGCUCAUCUCGCCGCAGACCACGUCGAGAUCGGGAUGGGCAUCCACAACGAACCCGGCGUCUUGACGAUCCCCCUUACGAAGGCUUCCGAGCUCGUCCCCCGUCUCCUGGAAUACAUCACCUCGACGUCUGACAAGGAACGCAGCUUCGUCCCGUUCCAGCACGAUGGCAAGGACGAAGUCGUCCUGCUCGUCAACAAUCUCGGCGGGAUAAGCGAGGUCGAGAUGGGACUUAUCGCCAGAGAGGCCAUUACGACGCUGCAAGGUCAAGGGAUCCGAGUGAGACGUGUCGGUACCGGCAAAUACAUGACUUCGUUGAAUCUGCCUGGUUUCUCGUUGACGACCCUGUUGUUGCCUCGUGAAAGCGGUUCGGCGACGACCCUCUCGUCGGACCAGGUAAUCGAGCUCCUGGAUGCGCCGGCUGUCGCACCGGGCUGGAUUCCCUUGUAUGAGCCCAGGGAACUCUCGGAUUGUCUUGUCCAAUUGCGAGAAAAGUCAGCGGCACCUGCAACUGCCAGCAAGACCAGGCGCGAGAUACCUUUUGCGCAGGACGGCUCGACGCUCUUCUCUAAUGCAGUCAAAUCGGCUUGUGAGAGUGUCAUCCAGGCUGAACCGGAGAUCACGAAAUACGACACGAUUGCAGGUGAUGGAGACUGUGGUACCUGUCUCAAAGCCGGUGCCGAAGAGAUUCUCAAAGCAUUCGACCAGGGUCUGAUAUCGGAACAGGACGUGCCAUCCGCCAUCCUUGGACUAGCUGAAGCUAUGGAACGGGUCAUGGACGGUACCUCCGGUGCCCUUUAUUCGAUCACGUUCAACGCUUUGGCUGCCGGUUUCCACAACCAGGAUAUCAAGUCGGGGCCGACAGCGAGAAACUGGGCGAUCGCUCUCUCCCACGCUUUGGAAUCGCUCUACAAGUACACCAACGCCCGUCCACCUUCCAGGACGCUGGUCGAUCCUCUCGAUGCCUUCACAAGCGCCUUUGCUGAGUCCGAAGGGUCCGAUCUCGAUGGUGCUGUCAGCCGGGCGAGGGAGGCAGCUGAGAAGACCAAGGACUUGGUCGCCAAGGCAGGAAGAGCCGCCUAUGUCGGUCAGGAGACGCUCAAGGAUCGUCAAGUCCCGGAUCCAGGUGCUUGGGGAGUUGUGAAGAUCUUGGAGGGACUGCAAAAAGUUUUGUCAGGUGGAAAGUGAUGGGCCGGUCGUGACAUAUUUUGUACCGUCAACCCGAAUGGGACUGUAUACGUCUGAGUGCAAUAACGCAGAUCCAUUCUUAUGCUACUUGUC